AUGGCGUCCGCCUGCUGUAGUACCCGCUGGGUCGCAGUACGCUUCUUGCGGCAGCGGCCGUCUUGCCGCAGCAGGUUGGUUGGACAGCGGCUCUUCUGCAGCCCGGGGGCCGGGGACGAGGGUCAGGCCGCGUCCGUGGCCGCGCAGGCCACGGGCGUUGCAACGACAAGGAAGCCGCCGACGGCACGGCAGCUGUACGAGGCGGCCGUCGCGUCGACACCCAGCCGGAAAGCGCGGGGGUUGCAAGCGGCGGGCGCCGUGCUGGCGGCUAGCGGCCUCGGGGUGCUGGCGUGGCAGAACUGGGCUGCGCUUCUGGCGAUGGCGACCUGGAACGCGCUGGGCGGCGGCCUGCUGUCGGUGGGCGGGGCUCUGGCCGCGGCGUCCAUUGGCGGCCCGCGCCGGGGCGGCAAAGGGCGGAGGUCGGCAGCCGCGGCCCCGGGGGAGACCCGCAGCCCUGUCUCGCGCUCCCCUCGUGCCCUCGUUUCUGCCUCUUCCCUCUGCCAAGCUCUUCCCGUGCUGCAGUCUCGUCUUCUGCAGCGUCCCUCCCGACGCUUGACUCAGCUGCUGCAGAGUGUGAAGGCGAAUGUGCGUGGCGCUUGA